CAGAGUAGCAGACAUCAGUCAAACGUUUCAUUCAAAUCGAAUAACAAUGACGAAGAUUUCACUAACAGUGUGCCUCAUCGGGCUGUGCUGCACUACUUUUGCAUUAGGCGUAAAAAUACUAGAAGAGAAGAAAACAACGUCUGACAAUGUGAAAAACUACGACAAGAGAGGCAUUUUCGACACCGGCUAUGGAUACGGAUCCGGCGGUUUCGGUCAUCAGCUCGCCGGCCAAGACUAUCACCACGAACCACAAGUGCUGUCCAAGACUAUCAUCAAGGAAGUCGCCCAACCGUACCCAGUCGAAGUCGAGAAACACGUACCGUAUCCGGUAAAGGUCGAAGUACCCGUCGACCGCCCAUAUCCCGUACAUGUGCCCAAACCGUAUCCAGUGCACGUCGACAAGCCCGUCCCGUACGAGGUCAAAGUCAAGGUUCCACAACCGUACACCGUCUACAAACACGUCCCUUAUGAAGUCAAGGUACCCGUCGACAAACCGUACACCGUCCACGUGCCCAAGCCCUACACCGUUUACGUCGAGAAGCGCGUUCCUUAUGAAGUAACCAAGCACGUACCUUACACAGUCAAAGUGCCCGUCGACAAGCCGUACACCGUGCACGUGCCCGUCGAAAAGCACGUCCCUUACACCGUCGAAAAGCUAGUACCCUACCCGGUCAAAGUUCCGGUCGAUCGCCCGUAUCCAGUGACCGUCGAGAAGCACGUGCCUUAUCCCGUCGACAAACCGGUGCCGUACACGGUCGAGAAACCAGUGCCGUACCACGUCAAAGUUCCUGUCAAAGUCGAAGUGCCAGUGCCGUAUAAAGAAAACGAACACGAAGAAAAAUACUAUCCAGAAAUAAAGUACGAGGAAGGACAAUCACAUUACGAUCAACACGAGCAUAACAAUUGCACUGGACUUCAUCGGUGCAAGACACAGCUGCCACUACAAAAGCCAAGCGCGCAGACGAACAGACAUCAGUUGAUUAUUCCGUUCAAAACAAAAAACAAUAUGAAUAGAGUAUUGCUCGUGACGUUCGUGGUCGGGUGGUGCGCAUUCGCGUUAGCAACGACAACGCAGGACGAAAAAAAACCUGCGUCCGAUGACAGCAAAAACCAAGGCAAGAGAGGCAUUUUCGACACCGGCUAUGGGUACGGAUCCAGCGGUUUCGGUCAUCAGCUCGCCGGCCAUGACUACCACCACGAACCACAAGUGCUGUCCAAGACUAUCAUCAAGGAAGUCGCCCAACCGUACCCAGUCGAAGUCGAGAAACACGUACCGUACCCGGUAAAGGUCGAAGUACCCGUCGACCGCCCAUAUCCCGUACAUGUGCCCAAACCGUAUCCAGUGCACGUCGACAAGCCCGUCCCGUACGAGGUCAAAGUCAAGGUUCCACAACCGUACACCGUCUACAAACACGUCCCUUAUGAAGUCAAGGUACCCGUCGACAAACCGUACACCGUCCACGUGCCCAAGCCCUACACCGUUUACGUCGAGAAGCGCGUUCCUUAUGAAGUAACCAAGCACGUACCUUACACAGUCAAAGUGCCCGUCGACAAGCCGUACACCGUGCACGUGCCCGUCGAAAAGCACGUCCCUUACACCGUCGAAAAGCCAGUACCCUACCCGGUCAAAGUUCCGGUCGAUCGCCCGUACCCAGUGACCGUCGAGAAGCACGUGCCUUAUCCCGUCGACAAACCGGUGCCGUACACGGUCGAGAAACCAGUGCCGUACCACGUCAAAGUUCCUGUCAAGGUCGAAGUCCCUGUACCAUACGAAGUGCCACAUCAACAUCACCAUCACGAAGAACACUCAUACGGUGAAAACUCGUACGGCGAACACGGAAGCCACAGUUAUUAACAUGGUUCCGAGUUAAUUUGUUUGUAAAAAAUAUAUAUAAAUUUACCGUGAUUUUAUUGUAUGAUUGUAUUAUACCUUGUAUAUGAAACUUAUAUUUUUUGGAUAUAAAAUAAAUACUGUUUUGUAAAAACCCUUA